CAUGUGUGUGUGUGUUGAGCAAAGCAGCAGCAACAACAAUAACAGCCAUAGGAACAGUGACAAGGCGGCGAAUACAAAUACAGCUAAAACAAAAUUAAUUAGAGAGCGAGUGCAACGUGGAGAAGAGAGCGCGCGCUGCUGCUGCUGUUUGGCAUCAUCUUAUGAUGUCAUCAGAGGAGUACGACGCGCAGUGUUUUGGUUUGUAUAGCAAUGAGAACGACUUGCUGCUAAAGACAACAACAACUACAACAACAACAACUAAGCAAGAGCAACAACAACCACCGCCUAUAAAGAGCGAAAUAGCGCUAAACGGUGAGUACGAGGAACAGACACACACACUCUCAAACGGUGGCAGUGAGUGUGCCGCCGACAACAACAACGAUAGCAGCAGCGAAGGUAAAGCAGCGUCAGCGACAGCGCAGGAAACGACGACGACGUCGCACGACGACUCCGACGACGACGUUGUAGUCGUGCUCGAAGGCUGCGAAGGCAAAGCAGUGACAACGGCUGCGGCAAUAUCGGCAACAAAGUGCGCGACAACACCAGCAGCAACAGUGACGAGCGUAAAUCAAACGAAAUUAAAUCGUAGCACGCGCACGCGAUCCUUGAGCGGCAAUAGCAAUACAAAUACCAGUAGCUCGUGUAAUACCAGUAAUAAUAGUAGUGUGAAUAGUAGCAACAAAAAUAACAACGGCAACAACACUUCCUGUGCGGCAACUGCUGCAUUCAUGAGUAGCGCAGCUGCGGCUGCUGCGGGUGCCGCUGGAGUUGGAGCGCUUUAUGGCGCCUUGAACGCAAAUUCAAACUCUAAUUUAAAUAAUUUAACAAGCCAAAGUCAAAGCCAAAAUACGAACGCGACUGCAACAAAUUGUAGUGUCAGUGUGAACAACAAUAAUAACAACAACAAUAACAGCAGCAACAACAACAACAGUACCAGCAACAGCAACAGUCCAACAUCAAGCUCGCCCUCCGCCUCAGCAUCCGCCUCGGCCGCCUCCACACUGUUGACAGCCGCUUUUGGCAAUUUAUUCGGAGCUGCCAACGCUGCGGCUGCUUCGGCCUUCGGCUCCUCGCAAUCGGCUAAAAUGCUAAAUGAGCUAUUCGGUCGUCAAAUGAAGCAGGCGCAGGAUGCCAGCAGCGGUCUGCCCCAGACGCUGGACAAUGCCAUGUUGGCCGCAGCCAUGGAGACGGCCACAAGUGCCGAGCUACUAAGUGCUGCCGGACUCGUCAAUAGCCUUAAUUCGGGCAAAUUGCUGAGCAACAAUAACAACAACAAUAAUAACAACAGUGCUCUGAGCAAUGGCAAUCAGAAUGUGUCGCCAAAUUCCACACCCAAAAUAGGCAGACGCACCUCGAACUGCAGCGAUCGCUCCCUCGAUGGAGGUGCCGAAGUGGCCAGUGGCUCGCCACCUCGUGCGGCAUCAGUGAGUUCGUUGAAUGGCGGCGCCAAUGGGAGCACAUCGCCCACACAGCAGAUGCAGCACGAUCUGGUUGCUCACCAUAUGCUCCGCAAUAUACUGCAGGGCAAGAAGGAGCUGAUGCAAUUGGAUCAGGAGCUGAGGACAGUCAUGCAACAGCAGCAGCAGCAGCAGCAACAGGAGAAGCAGGAGCUGCAUAAGCUGAACAACAACAACAGUGUGGCUGCCACAAAUAACAACAACAAUGUUGCCGACAAGCUCAGCAACAGCAGCAGCAACAGCAACAGGCAAGUGAUUAAUCUGAUCGAGGACACUGAGAUGCUGGACAUUAAGAUUAAAAGUGAGCCACAGAGUGCCACACAGACGGUGCCAGUUCUGCAACACUCGCCACACGGCAGUCACCACAGUAGCAACAGCAAUAACAGUCACAGCAACAAUAGCAACAACAGCAGCAUGCGUCGCAAGUCCUCGGACUCAAUGGACAGUGUUGCUGCCUCUAACCACGGGGAUGCUCAGCGCCUGGACGGAGAUGUGAAUGAAGUGGUGGCCACCAAAAAGGAGGCUGUUGACGACAUAUUGGACGAUGUAGAGCUGAUGGGCCUCAAUUCACGCUCCGAUCUCGAAUCGCUCGCCUCGCCCAGUCACUCGGACAUGUUGUUGCUGGACAACAGCAAGGACGAUGUGCUGGAUGACGACGACGAUGACGAUUGUGUCGUCGAAGACAAGCAGCUGGGCGACGGCAGCAACAACGGAGGCUCGCUCAAGAAGCCCGGCAUGGAUCUAAAACGGGCACGUGUCGAGAAUAUUGUGAGCAGCAUGCGCUGCAGUCCCUCCGCCCAACAGCAGGCCCCACACCUUCAAGUGAAUGGCUGCAAGAAGCGCAAGCUCUACCAGCCCCAGCAACACGCUAUGGAGCGUUAUGUGGCUGCCGCAGCUGGGCUCAACUUCGGCCUGAAUCUGCAGAGCAUGAUGCUGGAUCAGGACGACAGCGAAUCCAAUGAGAUGGAGUCGCCCCAAAUACAGCAGAAGCGUGUCGAGAAAAACGCGCUCAAGUCCCAGCUUCGCUCCAUGCAGGAGCAGUUGGCCGAGAUGCAGCAGAAAUAUGUUCAGCUCUGCACGCGCAUGGAACAAGAGUCCGAGUGCCAGGAGCUCGACAACGACAAUGCCAGCGACAGUCUGGAGCAGCAGGACGAGGUAGAGCUGUCGCCCUCACCCAUAGCCUCUCUGGCUGGUGACAACUCGCUGGGAAUUCAUGUGGAGACGCCCAAGGAGGCCGUGGAGCGCGCCAGCUCAAGUUCGCCACCCGCUCUCAAGACCAGCAGCACCAAGGUUGCGGCCACCAAUGCCAUGAGCGCUAGUCUGGACAAUGCACCCAAUAUGCUCACGCAGAUGAUGAGCAAGAUGAUGUCCUCGAAGCUGCACAACCCACUGGUGGGUCAUCCAAAUCUGCCACAGAGCUUCAACGGUCCGUUGCCACCCCUGUUGCAACACAUGGGCGACAUGUCGCAUGCAGCGGCCAUGUAUCAGCAAUUCUUCUUCGAGCAGGAGGCCCGCAUGGCCAAGGAAGCCGCCGAGCAGCAACAGCAGCAACAACAGCAGCAGCAGCAACAACAGCAGCAGCAACAACAACAGCAACAGCAUCAGCAGCAGCAGCAGUUGCAACAAGAGCAGCAGGAACAGCAGCGUCGAUUUGAACAGGAGCAGGAGCAGCGACGGAAAGAAGAGCAACAGCAGCUGCAGCGACAACAGCAACACUUGCAGCAACUGCAACAGCAACAGCAGCAACUUGAGCAACAGCAGCAGCAACAACAUGUGCCCCAAGCGCCGCUAAACCAGCCACAGCGUCCACAACUACACCACAAUGCGGGACGUCUGCCAACUCGCAUGGGCGGCCACACCGCCUUGAAGUCCGAGCUCUCCGAGAAGUUCAAUAUGCUGCGCAAUAGCAACAACAGCUCCAUGAUGCGCAUGUCCGGCACGGAUCUCGAGGGUCUUGCCGAUGUGCUCAAGUCAGAGAUAACCACCUCGCUCUCGGCCCUGGUGGACACAAUUGUGACGCGCUUCGUGCAUCAGCGACGCCUGUUCAGCAAACAGGCGGAUUCGGUUACUGCGGCCGCCGAGCAACUCAACAAGGAUCUGCUGCUGGCCUCGCAGAUACUCGAUCGCAAGUCGCCACGCACAAAGGUCGCGGAUCGCAGUCAAAACGGCCCAGUGCCGCAAACACAAUCAGCGGCAGCAAUGUUUCAGGCACCGAAGACGCCCCAGGGCAUGAACCCCGUGGCAGCCGCUGCUCUCUACAAUUCGAUGACAGGCGGUGGUCCAAAUCCCUUCUGCCUGCCCGAUCAGCAGCAGCAGCAGCAACAGGCCGCCCAACAGCAGCAGCAGCAACAGCAGCAGCAACAACAGCAGCAGCAGCAACAGACGCAACAGCAAUUAGAACAGAACGAGGCUCUCAGCCUGGUGGUCACACCCAAAAAGAAGCGCCACAAGGUCACCGAUACGCGCAUCACGCCACGCACUGUCAGUCGCAUACUCGCCCAGGAUGGUGUGUCGCCGGCUAGUGGACAAGCAGCCGCUGUCGCUGCAGCAGCCGCCGCUGCAGCCGCCCAGCAAGCGGUUGGCAAUGCGCCAAAUGGCAAUAACAACAGCAAUAACAACACAACACCCGCGCAAAGUCCGUCACCGCGUGGUCAGGCGCCUGCCUAUCACCCGCCUCCACCACCACCACCCAUGAUGCCGGUAUCGUUGCCCACCUCGGUGGCCAUACCUAAUCCUUCGUUGCAUGAAUCGCAAGUCUUCUCGCCGUACAGUCCGUUCUUUAAUCCGCAUGCAGCGCCACCACCACCACCGCAUGGACCACCGCACGGCGGUCAGCCAACAGCCGCUCAAAUGCACCACAUGAAGCUGUCCUCGAGUCCGCCCGGCGGUCUGGGCGCCCUCAUGGAUUCACGUGAUUCGCCGCCACUGCCACAUCCGCCUACAAUGCUUCAUCCCGCACUGCUGGCCGCCGCCCACCACGGCGCCUCGCCUGACUACAACACCUGUCUGCGGGCCGCCAUGGAUGCUCAGGACCGCCAGUCCGAGUGCAACUCGGCUGAGAUGCAGUUCGAUGGCAUGCAGCCUACUUCUUCUACAUUGACGCCGAUGCAUCUGCGCAAGGCCAAGCUGAUGUUCUUCUGGGUGCGCUAUCCGAGCUCAGCGGUGCUGAAAAUGUACUUCCCGGACAUCAAGUUCAACAAAAACAACACAGCACAAUUGGUGAAAUGGUUCUCGAACUUUCGAGAAUUCUACUACAUACAAAUGGAGAAAUAUGCACGACAAGCUGUCACUGAAGGCAUCAAGACACCCGAUGAUCUGUUGAUUGCUGGAGAUAGUGAAUUAUAUCGCGUGCUCAAUUUGCACUACAAUCGCAAUAAUCACAUUGAGGUGCCCCAAAAUUUCCGCUUUGUGGUCGAACAGACAUUGCGUGAAUUUUUCCGUGCAAUACAGGGUGGCAAAGACACCGAGCAAUCAUGGAAGAAAUCCAUAUACAAAAUUAUCUCACGCAUGGACGAUCCCGUGCCCGAAUACUUCAAGUCGCCGAAUUUUUUAGAGCAGCUGGAAUAAGUGGAGGAGUUGGCUUUGCCAACAAUGCCACCGCCAACUAUCACGACGACGAACACCUCCAGCUCCGUCUCGAACAUGAACAAGCGAAAAGUCAAAUUAAAAAAGUAAACUUACGUAAGAAAUCGCACUGGAUAUGACGAAACAACAAACACACUAAUACACCAAUACACUAACACACCAACACACACACACAACAACAAGUAUUUAUCUACUAAAACAAAUUGAAAUUGAGAAAUCCGAGGUAUUUGUAAAUGAAGAAAAGUUCAUAUACAAGUAUAAAUGCGUUUAGGCCUUUUAUCGAAUGCGCCGACAAAGCCGUAAAAUAUUUUUUCAAAAAUUUCGCUCCCAAGUAGCAACAACAACAAAACACAUAGAAUACACACACACAUACACACACACAUCCCUACUCAUACAUAUAACAACAAACUCAGCCAAGAGCAAAAUGUUGUACCAAAUGAAUAGAAAACCCAAUAAAUAGUGCAAAUUUUUAAAAGAAAGUCAGACCUGAGCCACGCAAAAGAAAUAUUCUAAAGAGAAAACAAUACAUGAAUAAACAUAUAAACAUAUUUUUAAACAGCAGUGUAAACUGUACUUACCGUUGGUUUGUUAGUUGAAAUUUUUUUGAAAAUAUUUUUUACAAAUAGUUGAAACCUCUAAGAAUACAUUUAACAAGAGUUGACACACACACACACACACACUCUCUUAUCAACACACACACACACACACACACACACAUACACAUACACAUACUUAUAACGGUACAGCUUAGAGCGCUUUGUUCCAAAGUGCGUUUUAUUUCCAAAACAUUUAAAAGUGCUGGUCAGCGAAAAGUGUUGUUCACUUUUGGCUAACAAUCAACUUUUAAACGACGACAACCACAAUUAAGAUAACAAUUCCGCAUUUGGCGCAACUGUUGCGCAAGCUUUGCAAAAGUAUUGCGCAACCUUGGCGCGCGAAUCGAAGAGCUGCGACGCAUUUCAAAUUUUAAAAUUAAGCAUAUAUU